CAAAGAGCCCACAAGGCUGGGCUGGACGGGCGGAGGGGGAUGGACAGACAGACGGCAGCGCUGGGAUGGACGGAGAGCGAGCCUGUGAUGGAGGGGCCGGGGGGACCGCGGGGCUGCGCGGGGCUGGGGCUGCCCGGGGCGAUCAGGGCUGGGCCGCCCGGUUGGCACGGAACCCCGAAGAGCUGCGGCGUUUUGCCGGGGGGGAGAAAGCGGUGACCCCACGGACGGGAGAAAAGGAGGACGUGGUGCCCCGCUCCCCCCGGCUGCCUGUGCCCUGAGCCGGGUGUCCGGGGCUGACACGGCCCCGGGUCCCCCCCGGCACCAGGACUUGCUUUCGGGACUACCCGGGCCCGGGCGGCUUUCCCAGCACAGCCCCGGCCGCCCCCACCCCCUGCUCCCCCGGCCGAGGGAAAGGGGCAGUUUGGGGCGGCCCAGCGGCAGCUUCGAAGCCCUGGAGAUGCAGCCGGGCUUGGGGGGGCUGUGGCUUCUGCCCCCUCGGGGACACGGCGCUGGUGGGUCCCAGCUCUGACACUCAAGGGUGCCCAGAGCAACCCCAACCGCCACCACCUGCCCUGUGCAGGACCCCAGGGACGGGUUGGGACAAGAUGGGACAGGGACUGUGUUAACAGUUCCCCCAGCCAGCCCGGGGAGUGAGUGGGUUGGGUGCGUCUGCUGUGGGCUACAGCGGGACCGGUGAGGACAGCCACCAUGCCUGCAGGUGUGCCACUGCCUCCCAUGAGUGUCCUCUGUCCUGGGGAUGUCCCUGCUCCAGGCCAGGCCAGGUCCCCAUACCCAUGACGUGGCGGUUGCCUUUCCCAUCGCAGCCGAUGGCCUCAAGCUGAUCUGCUGCCCAGAGAGCACCAGCCUGGGAGGCCGUUGGCUGUGGGACCACAUCCCCUGGCAGGGACAGCUGUGCCCGAUGACGGCCCGUGGGACCACAUGCACAAGGGACAUCAGGCUGCAGAGGCAGAGGGGACACUGCGGAGAAAGUCCUUGUCCUGUAAGGGCAGGUGGCUGUCACUGGAGGGGUCCCUCAAGCAAAGAGGAGACACUGGACACACAAGGGACAAAUGCAAAUGUCCUGCAGCGUCUUCUGCACAACCGCCCUGCAGCCAAGUGCCACGUCCCGGCUGGCAGAGCCCAGACCAAGGGGCAUGUGGGGUGUUGGGGGAGUUGCUGCUGCCCAGUUUGGGGUCCCUCUGCAGGUCCCCCAGGUCUCAGCCCCCCCCAGCCUGAUCCUGCCAGCCCAGCCCUGCCCGGGGACGCCUGGGGAAGCAAUGAGCUGGGGAGGGAGCUGCACUGAUAAGGAGCAGCCUCCUGCGCUCCCAUCAGCCUCUCGCCUUUCCCUCGCUGGCCUCGGAUGUGGCCGGGGCAGGAAGUGGUGCCCGGCGCAGCCCGGCCAGCCCGCGGUGCAUCCACAGCGUGACGCUGACCCACGGGCUCGCACGGUGCCAAGAGCAUCAUUAGCACCCGCACCGGUCCCUGCCGCUGCUGACAGCACUGCAGCCUCCAGCAGCCCGUUCUGGAGACGGCACCGCUCCACUGGGAUUUUGUCCGGGCACUCUUUGCCUUUACUCAUGCCAAACCCUCGAUCCCCCGUGAUCUCCCUGGGAGGGGGUUUUGCCAGGUCUGGUAACACCAAACCCAGGUGUGCGGGGUCGGCAGGAGCACCAGGCUCAGGGUCUCUCCUCCGCACUCUGUCCCCACGCACAUCCUCUUGUGGCAGCGCCUGCAACGGGGGGAGAGGGUGAGUGACGAGCCCCCACACAAUCCCCUUCCCUUAAGUGCCUCUGGUUUGCUCUGGUGCAUAUGGGGUUCGACUCACUCCCAGCUGUGCCAGCGCUAAGUGGCCCCUCUUUAAUAUUUGAUUCCCUGUAAGUGCUGCGUGGUCCCAGGCUGGAGGCCGAGGCAGCUCCGUGGGGCAGCACCACCUCCAAGCCCCAUCCAGCAUUGCAACUGGUCCUGGGGCAGAGCCCCCGGUGUCCCUGUCCCUGCCGGCAGUGAGCGGCAGGUGAGGGUCCAUGUCCUGGUUGCACUGGGGCAGGAAGGGGGGACAGGGAGGGGAUCGGGGACUGGGACACGGAGCUGCUGUGGCUGGUGUGUCCUUGCCCAGUCCCGGUGGCACCGCGGGGAGAUCCCUCCUGUGGACACUGUGGGGAGAGGGGUCGGAUCCUGCCACACCGAGCCGGUCAGCAGCCAAGAGCAUCUGUGUCUGUGAGUCCCUGUGGCACCCAGGUGGCAUUGCUGUGGGGCGGGGGGACAGAAUCUGCCACCCCUCAGGGAGGGAAAUCGCAGGGGACACGGGAAAAGGUGGCAGUUCCUUGGGGACCUGGAGCCACCACACUGAGGCCUCACUGCAUGUCUCGAGGGGACUGGCGCCUUGGGGCCACCACCGCCAUCCCUUGGGGACUGGAGAAAACAAACAGCAGCAAGCUUUCUCUCUUGUCUCAUGGAAAAACACGGGGCCAUCCUCGCGCCGUGGCAGUGAAUCACCACCGCGCUCCGCCAGCCGCCUGUGCGAGGACGCGGCGGCGAUGGGGACAUGCCCCUGCGGCCACCCCAGCCCUUUCCUCGCUCCCCAGCAGCCAUGGGGCCAAUGGUGCAGCGGGCAGGUGGGUGUCAGCACCCCAGCCUGGAUGCUGGCCCGGAGGGGAUGUUGCAGUGCCUGGCCCCGUCCCAGCCCCGGGCCCCGGCCCUGCGGCCACGCUCCCACUGGGGGCCAGAAAUGGGGUGGCGAGUGGGGGGUGCCAGGCUGCAGCAAAAGGUUUGCGUGGGACAUGGGGACACAGAGCGAGCACGACCAGCCACUGGGUUUGGCACGAGGUUUGGCUUGGGGCCGGGCAUGGGGGGCAGGUGGCAGUAGCAGCCUGGGGGAGGGGCAGGCAGAGGUGCCAGGACCCCCCCGGCCAGGGGUACCACAGCAGAGUCUUUGCAGAGCUGGUGGCUUGAGAUACAAUUGGGCAUCCCAUGGGGGCCACCAGCCUGGGGACAAUGUCAGCCAGUGGUGUAGGGACUGGGAAGACAGGUGGCAAGGACAACCACAGCCUGGAGAAAUGGGCCCCAGGAGCAGGGUCUGGUCCCUGUGGGAGCCCUGACCCCCAGGCUGUCCCGUCCCCACUGUCACCAAUGCCUCAGCCCAGCCCACAUCACCCCAUUUGCAGCCUGGACUAAUUAACAACGGAGGCAGCAUGGCAUUGACCACACUGCCCAUGGCCACAGCUGUCCUCGUGCCCCUGCUGCUGUCACCAGGCCAACAUGCUGGUGACAAACCCUUGACUCCAGGUGUGGUGGGGCAGAACGGGGACGUCACAGACGCAGGCAGCUGCACGGCCCAUGGCUGUGGGCGGGCGGCAGUGCCAGUGCCGGGGGUGCAGCUCCAGGCGCGGAUGCCCCAGCUGGUGCCAGUUUCCCCACUACACUGCGAGCACACGUCCUCUCCCUGUUGAGCUGUGGGGCAAGGCCGGAUCGGCGGUGGCACUGGUGGGGGACGCACCAUGGAGCAGAGCCAGGAGGGUGCCUGAAACCUCUGGAAGGAGCAGGAUGGGGUGGGGGGACAUGGAGCCCCCCAACGGCAGUGCAGCCAGGUGCUUUGGCGUGUUCAAUGCCACUGAUGGCCACCACAGCGUGCAGAACAGCAUCACCUCGCCCUGGUUCUCCACCGCCUUCGGCCUCAUCGGCCUCUGCUCCAACCUCUUCGCCCUCUGCGUCCUGCUCAGCUCCUCCCGCCAGCUGUCCAGCCGGGCCCGCUCCUCCUUCCUCGUCUUCCUCUGCGGGCUGGUGGUCACGGACUUCAUGGGGCUGCUGGUGCCGGCCUCGGUCAUCAUCCCCUACCACUUCAUCAAGUUCUCCUGGGCCAAGGUGGACCCUGGCUGCCACCUCUGCAACUUCCUUGGCUUCUCCAUGGUCUUCUUCGGGCAGUGUCCGCUGCUGCUGGGGGCCACCAUGGCCGGUGAGAGGUUCUUUGGCAUCAACCACCCCUUCUCCCGCUCCACCAGCAUCUCCAAGCGCCGUGCCUGGUCCAUCGUGGGGCUGGUGUGGGGCUUCUCCUGCCUGCUGGGGCUGCUGCCGGUGCUGGGGCUGGGCCGGUACACGCUGCAGUACCCCGGCUCCUGGUGCUUCCUCACCCUCCUGCCCGACACCGGCAACAUCAUCUUCUGCCUGCUCUUCGCCCUGCUGGGCAUCUUCUCUGUGCUGCUCUCCUUCAUCUUCAACACGGUCAGCGUGGUGACGCUCUGCCGUGUCUACCAUGACCGGGAGUCGGUGCAGCGACGGCGGGACAGCGAGGUGGAGAUGAUGGUGCAGCUCGUGGGCAUCAUGAUCAUUGCCACCAUCUGCUGGAUGCCCCUCUUGAUCUUCAUCGUGCAGACAGUCCUGCAGCAGCUGCCAGCCAGCGGCCAGGUCCACCUGCUGCCCACGCAGACACAGAAGAUGCUGCUCAUCUACAUCCGCAUGGUCACCUGGAACCAGAUCCUGGACCCCUGGGUCUACAUCCUCUUCCGACGGGCCGUGCUGCAGCGCAUCUACCCCAGCCUGCGCCCCCGGCCCUCCAUCCUGUCCCUCUACCCCGUCCUCAACCCCUCCCUGCGCCGCAAGCUCACGGCUGACUCGGUGCUGCAGUAGCAGCUCCUGGGGACAGGCACCGAGGGCGGGGGACCCCCAUUCCACCCCCUCCGCACUAAUGAAUGGUCCCCAUCACCAUCCAUGGGCUCUCCCCAGCCCAGCCCCAUCCCAGUACCCAAGGCAGUGGUGGGGACACAGGGCCGCUCCCCCGCCCCAUCCCCAUCUGAGUGACACCCCCCCAAUAAAACACAGCUUGUGCA